ACUGUUCUAAUAUCCUAUUAUUUAUACCAUGCUUCUACACUCCAUACUCCUAAGAAAGGUUACAAUUUGAUGUUUAAUCACAGAACACAGUCGAUUCAACAAAUUUCACUUCCGCUACUGCUACCUAACACAAAUUAAAUGCUCUCCGAAAUAUGGCGUCCGCUUCAGAACGUGUUGAGUGUGUAGCGUAUAUGUCACCGGACGAUUCCGCUAGUGUUGUACACAGUUGCACAACGGUUUCGUCCGGUGAAUGCGACCAAUGGCUAUUUUUCACAUGAAUCGACCGAGCAUUGGAGUUUGUCUAUUAAUACUACAGUUUUAUUUUCGAUCUAUGGACUCUUGUUAGUCAGUUUUCUAUAGGUGAGACACAGAACACAUCCUUGUGUAUGUUUUGUGAGGUGAGAUAAGAAUCUGAAAAGUGUCGGUCUGUUACUCCAUUGAUAAAGAGUAUCAAAUUCGAAAUCAUUGUAGAUUUGUAGUUGAGAAAUUAUGCCUAAUAUUAAUUUAGAAAGUAUUCACAAUGUUAUUGUUGACACUGGAAAUAUAUUGUACAUUAAUGAUAUUAUGAAAAAACCCAAUCAGAACACGUCAGAAGAGCUUAUAGACGCAAUAAAUUUUACAAUGAAAGAAUGUCUAGGAUAUACUUCUAUGAAUUCUCAGUCAGAUAAAUCAGUUGUUAUUAGUAGGCAUAAUAGCAAUCUCAAAAUAAGUGAAUACGAACUUGCUGAUUUAAAAAUAGGAUUUAAAAUUUUUUUGAAUACUGACAAUCAAACAUUACUUUCAGAAGCUAUUGGGAAAGCUUUGACCCUUUUAAAAGUGGAUGCGAUAAAUGAUGCAAUAGUAACUUUAAAACAAAAGUCGUCAGAGGAUGAAAAAGAUGAUCUACAAAAAAUAAAAUCAAUGUGGAAAGUUUUAGAAGAUUUAGUUGAGGUGGGACAAAUUAAACAAAUUGGAGUCGCUGAUGUGGAAGAGAGAACAUUUAAAGCACUUCAUGAAUGGGCUAAAGUUAAACCCAGUAUUAUCCAAGUAAAUUUAGCCACCUGUUGUAUAGUACCACCAACAUUACAAGCUUUUUGUAAAGAAAAUGACAUUAAAUUAUUAACACAUAGUGAUGCGGCAGAUAUGUUACCAGCAGAGUCAAUACAAAAUUUAUUUGGUAAACCUUUGUUGUUGCAGUGGGCUUUACGAUUUUCAAUACAUGUGAAAUGUAGAGGUGUACUUACAACCAAGGGAUAUUUAUUGAAUUUUAUAAAACAAUAGUAUCUAAAUGAUGAUAGUAUUGAUUAGUCAAGUUAUUGUGUUAUAUUAGAUAAUUGUUAUUUUGUUAAUAUUGUAAGCUAUAAGUUGUUUAUAUUAUGAGAAAUGAUAUAUUAUGUAUCAAUUUGAUUGUUGUAAUUGUUAUUUGCGAACUAUAUUUAUUCAGUAUUUAAUAGAGUGAAAGUUUAGUAGUAAGGUUAUAAAAACAUUAUGCAGGUUUGUAUAAUUUCAGCUUAAUUGAAAAAUUGCUUGAACAAUACUGAAUAAAUAUUUCAAAUAAUAUAUUUCAGUAGAUUUUUUUAUAAGGUGGAAGUUUCAUAAGAAAAUUGUAUUUCAAACAUAAAAA